UAUUAGUCUUUGGUAGAAGUGUAGUGAUUAAUGAUUUAAAUUGUAUACCUGUACCUACUAAAAAUAUAUUAUUUAAUUUAUUAUACCCAAAUAAGUAUAAAUCAUUCAUGAGCAUUUAACGUUUUAAGGUAUAUUUUCUAAAUAAAAAAGUAACAGGUACAUUGCCACAUGGAAAAAUAUCAUCAGAAACGCGAUAAAAAAUAAACGACUCCGUUACCACUUGCCCGCAAAACUAGUUAAUGGAGGUUUGGUCGAUUCUGCUGUGGUCUUACUGUUAAAAACUGCACAAUGGGAAAAGAAUCAAAGCUUGACUUAGAAAAAUCCACAAAUGGUGAAGCUCACGAUGAUGAAACUAAGAAAAAGAAAAAAAGUAAAAAGCACAAGAAGCGUAAGAGAACAUCAGAGGAAAAAGAAGAAAAGGCUUACAAGAAGAAAAAGAAAUCUAAGAAAGAAAAAGGUAAGAGUCCUAAAAUAGAAAGUGAGACAUCACUUUCAGAUGUAGAAGAUUUAAUUAAAAAAUCUAGACGAUGUAAACCUGCAAAGAAGGAAUCCUCUCUAGACACUCCUUUAAUAGAUUCCAUGAAAACUUAUAAACCAAAAAACGGUGACGCGCCUGUUGUUCAGUCGCGAAGUAGUAGUAGUAGAACUGCCCUACCACAGAAAAUAAGCGAAACUUUGGAAAUCUUAUCAUCAAAUUCGGAAACCGAAAAUUAUCAAGAAGACUGUGCUAGCCCUGAAUUAACGAUAAUUGAAGAUGAUCUUAAUCUGGAAGAGUUAAUGAAACAAAAAGAAUUGUUACAAGCCCGCUUGGUUGCUUACAAUUCUGAUAAGAGUGAUGAUGACACUCGGAAAGAAAGUUCAAAGAAUAAGGUUAUUUGCAUAAAUGACGAGGAAAUCAAGACUCCUAUACGUAAGAAAGAAAAACGAGAUCGUGACGUUGAAAUAAAGAAAAGUAAAUAUAUACAAAGCAAAGACCGAUCAUCGGAAAAAGAUAAAUUGAAAUCUAAACGGAAAGAAGAAGAUUUAAGAGAAAUAAUAAAUAGGGAAAGUAGAAAAGAGAUGGAAAAAAGAUUAGAAGAAAAGGAACACCGCGAACGCAAGGAACGCGACCGUCGUAAACUUGAGGCAGAGAGAGACAGAGAGCGUGAACGUGAAAAGGAAAGGGACCGUGAAAAAGAACGACAACGUGAAAGGGAACGGGAAAGAGAUAGGGAGAAGAAACGAGAAAGAGAACGCGAAAGAGAAAGGGAUCGUGACAGAGAUCGCGAUAAAGAUCACCGAUCUUCAGAAUUAAAGCGGAGAGAAAGAGACUUAGUUCGAAGCAGACGAUCAAGAGAUAAGUCAAUUAUGUCUCGCCGCGAUAGAAGAUAUUCAGACCGUGAUCGCAGAUCUCGAGACCGAAGUAGAGAUAGGCACAGACCACGGUCUCGCGAAAAGAAUUUUAGAUCCGAACAAAAGGCGAAGGGUAAUAAUUCAUCAAAUGAAGUCGCCCAAAUAGUACCCAGCUCAAGUGAUGAAGAGCUUGAUAUAUCUAUUAACACUGAUGAUGAGGAAGAAUCUGACGAACAAAUCAUUGAAAGAAGAAGAAAACAAAGAGAACAGCUCUUAAAGAGACUAGGGUGUAAUAAUAGCAGUAAUUCAAAUACAGAACAUAACAACACUACGACUCAAUCUAAUAAAGUUGAGUCUGCAACACCCGAAAUUAAAAUAUCCAAGGACAUUACUACUGCACAAGUACAGUCAAAAACCGAUUCAAAGGCCGAAAAGAAUACUAUAAAAAAUUCAGAAAAUGAAUAUAAAGCUGCAACCAAUAUCGAUAAAACACAUAGAGCAAAUGAAUGGGACAUGUUUGCAGAUCAGGAUAACUUUGAUAGUGUAGAUACACCAACUACUGGAAAACCUCGACGUAAAAAUGCUCUAGAAAAUCCAUCCCUUACUGACAAUUGGGAUGAUGCUGAAGGCUAUUAUAGGGUUCGAAUUGGUGAAACUUUAGAUAACAGAUACACUGUGUAUGGUUAUACGGGUCAAGGUGUGUUUUCAAAUGUAGUUCGUGCUCGUGACCAAGCUCGAGGAAAUUCGGAUGUUGCUGUUAAAAUUAUUCGAAACAAUGAGAUUAUGCAUAAAACGGGAUUAAGAGAAUUAGAAAUUUUGAAAAGGUUGAAUGAUGCAGAUCCUGAAGACAAAUUUCAUUGUUUGCGACUUUUCCGCCACUUUUUCCAUAAGAGACAUCUUUGUAUGGUCAUGGAACCACUAUCAAUGAAUUUAAGAGAAGUUCUAAAAAAAUAUGGAAAAAAUAGUGGCAUACAUAUUAAAGCUGUUAGGAGUUACACACAACAAAUGUUGUUAGCUUUAAAACUAUUGAAAAAAACUGGAAUUUUACAUGCUGAUAUAAAACCUGAUAAUAUAUUGGUUAAUGAUAGUAAAUUAAUGCUAAAACUAUGUGAUUUUGGUGCAGCAUCACAUGUAUCAGAUAAUGAAAUUACACCAUACCUCGUAUCAAGGUUUUAUAGAGCUCCAGAAAUUAUUCUUGGUGUGUCAUAUGACUAUGGUAUUGACAUGUGGUCAACUGCAUGUACUAUUUAUGAAUUAUCAACAGGAAAAAUUAUGUUCAGUGGCAAAUCUAAUAAUGAAAUGUUAAAAUAUUUCAUGGACCUAAAGGGGAAAAUACCAAAUAAGAUUAUUAAAAAAGGUCAUUUCAAGGAUCAACAUUUUGAUGCUAAUUGUAACUUUUUGUACCAUGAACUUGAUAAGAUUACAGAAAGGGAAAAAAUUGUUAUAAUGUCAAGUAUAAAGCCCACACGGGACUUACAAACAGAAUUAGCUCCUCCACAUCACCGUUUGCCAGCUCCAGAGGCUAAAAAAAUAACACAACUAAAGGACUUACUAGAAAGGAUGAUUAUGCUGGAUCCAGCUAAACGAGCGUCUGUAAAUCAUUGUUUGGCUCAUCCCUUUAUUCAAGAAAAAAUUUAAUUUUCUUUUAUACAUUGUCUACAAAAAAAAAUGAAUUGUUAUAAUAUAUGAGUAAAUAUAUAUACAUUUUUUUAACAUAAAUUGGUCCACUUUCAGUGUCUAAAUUAUUUUUAUAGAUGACAUAUACCAAAUUAUGAAAUUACUAAUAGACUACAUCAUAAAAAAAAGAAACUUAAAAUAACAAAGGUUGUAACGCGAAUCUGCCAUGUACUAAGAUGUAGAAUGAUUUUAAUGUACAUAUGAACAUGAAAUUUUAAUUUGUAAUACUUUACGAUUGGGUUAAGAUCGGAACGUAAAUGUACUCAUUUUAUCCUAAAUGUUAUUUUAUAAGCUUGUCAAUGUUUAUGGUACAUAAGUAAUUCUGAUAAAUAUACUACAGUUUAAUA